CCACUUCCCUAUCCAGCCAGCCGUCUGGCUCGCGCAGAGCCGACUGCGCAUGCGCAACACCGCCCUUUCUCUCUCUCUUUCUCGCGUUCUUUUUCGCUCUGUCUAUUUUUCUCCUCCCCGCCCGCCGUCGCCUGCCCGUGGCGUAUAAAAGGAGCCGCCGGCGGGGUUUCCUUUCUCAGUCCGCAGUAGACGCGGGUGGCUGCGAGUGGGAGGGAGAGGAGCGCCGCUCGAUUUGUGGUCUCUGGGCCUUGUCCGGUUGUGACGCCUCUGGUUCCUUCUCCGGCGGCGCCAUGAGUUCGGGCACUCCGUACAUCGGGAGCAAAAUCAGCCUCAUCUCCAAGGCGCAGAUCCGCUACGAGGGCAUUCUCUACACCAUCGACACCGACAACUCCACCGUCGCCCUCGCCAAGGUGCGCUCCUUUGGAACGGAAGAUCGACCCACAGACCGUCCGGCACCCCCGAGGGAAGAGGUUUAUGAGUAUAUCAUCUUCCGAGGGAGUGAUAUCAAAGAUAUCACUGUAUGUGAGCCUCCAAAAGCGCAGCAUAAUCUGCCCCAGGAUCCUGCUAUUGUCCAAUCGUCCCUGAGUUCUGCUUCAGCAUCCUCUUUUCAGUCACAUGUGCCUUACAGUCCCUUCAGAGGCAUGCCACCCUACAGCCAGCUUGCUGCCAAUUCUUUAAUUGGCCAACAGUAUGCAGCCUCGCUUGGUUUAGAGAAACUGGUAAGCCCUCCAACAUCAGCAGCUGCUUCCAGUCCUAGCACUUCUUCAUCUCCUCAGCCAGUUUCAGAGCCUGACUUGUCAUCAGAGCCACACUUGCUGUCUUCUAAGGGUGCUGCUUUUCCAUCAGUUCAUUCAGUACGUAAAAGUCCCAUGGUGGAGCAAGCUGUCCAGACAGGACCGAUUGACAGCAAUCUUAAUCCCAAAAAGAUCCCACCAGUCAAAGCCACUCAAGCGAUCCAGCGCAACACACGUCAGAUUCAGCAGAAUAACAAGACAAGUGAUACAGUUGAGCCAACACCUGUACAAACACAAGGGCAGGUGAAUGAUGAGAAUAGAAGGCCCCAGAGGAGGAGAUCAGGGAAUAGGAGGACCAGGAAUCGUUCCAGAGGGCAAAAUCGACCUGCUACCUCCAAAGAGAAUACAAUAAAGUUCGAAGGUGACUUUGAUUUUGAAAGUGCAAAUGCGCAAUUCAAUAGAGAAGAGCUGGAUAAAGAAUUCAAGAAGAAACUUAACUUUAAAGAUGAAAAAGUUGAGACAGGUGAAGAAAAGGGGGAGCCCACAGUGACUGCUGAGAACUGCGAUGGCGCCACAGACGAAGAUCUCCUCGGACCCAACUGCUAUUAUGACAAAACAAAGUCCUUCUUUGACAACAUCUCCUCAGAGCUUAAGUCCAGUUCAAGGCGUACAACAUGGGCAGAGGAGCGGAAGCUCAACACGGAGACCUUUGGUGUGUCGGGACGCUUUCUUCGUGGUCGCAGUUUCCGCGGUGGUUUCCGUGGUGGAAGGGGGUCAGGAGCCGUGCGGCGGACUCAGGCUCCUCCCAGAGUGGGCACCGGAAGAGUGUGAACCUCUAAGGUUCUCAAGCAUAUUUUGCUGCAAAGACGUGUGUGUAUAUAGGAAGGAGGGAACAAUCGGACUGCUGCACUUAAAAACAUGGGUGAAUGGAGCAUUAUGUUCACAAGCUUAAACUCCCAGCACUGCUGCUUGUGUGUCAAAGCAGGAAUGGGACACCGGAGUUACUUGAAAACGAGUAAGUCCACAAACCACCUCUUCAAGGAGAUUUUCCUUUCUUUCUUUCUUUCUUUUUAAAGUAGUGCAAGGAAUUUGUGCUGCUUUUAAAUUUCCAAAGGCUGCAGUAACUGAAUUCACAGAAUACCUGUUCUGUUCCUGAAGAGGAGAACGCAAUUUGAAAUUUUUCCAAAACAAACCAAAGUCAUCGAAACCAGCAACUUUCCUUCUUUGAGGAGCCACAGUUCUGCCAGUCUCCUGCUCUUCAGCCUUCUUCUCUUGCUUUUUCACACUCACCCCUUGGUUCACACGGACUAUUUUGAUGUACAGAAACAAGUUCUAGUGCAAAACGUUGUGUAUUUUGUGGCGAUGGGGAAUUGUUGCUGAUCAUGUGUUUGUAAUUCUGGGUUCCCGGCUUCAGAUGCACACAGCUUCUCUGCGGAGCUGUACAACAGAUGUACUUGGAGUGCUGGUCACACCUCCAAAAGAGAUGCAAAGGAUUGGGUAUGGCUGAUGAUAAUAAGUGCCGUUCUCCAGCCUUCUUGAUGGUAAACUUCCAUUUUCUGGCACUUCAUUCAGUGUUUGGAGAAGGCUUAAGAUCGUGUGAUGUUCUUUCAACAAUUCUUAACUGACUGAGAUCCCUCCAUCUUUCCUUUCUUUCUCUCUGUCUUUUAUUUAAAGGGGAAAAUUUAAGUUUUCUGGUUUCAAGCUCCCUUGAGGAAAAGAGCAGUAUGUGCUUUUGUGCUUGGAAGCUGGGUAGGAUAUUUAAUCCUCAGGAUGGGGAACGCGGAGGAGCCAAAUGAAACGCGGGCAAAGCAUAGUCAGUUCCUUCCAAUCCCCUCUCCCCAAGCAAACACUAUAAAUAGUUCUGGGUUGUUGUUGUUUUUUUCUUGUUGUUUUUAAAAGGACUUGGGGCAGGGUUUGAAAGUUGGGUGUGUGGGGAUUAUAAACUUUUGCAUGAAAGUGGGUUAAGCCUUUAGUAAUAGGCAUGUGUCUCUUUUGUAGCUACAGGAGCGUUUCCCCCACCUCCUUCAUGACUAGCGUUUUCAGUUCCUCCCCCACUAGGUCAUGCAUUGAUUUAAGUUGCUGUAAAGGCUUUAGUUUUGUAGGCCUUCAUCAUUGAAGUACACGUUGUGGUGAGGCUGCUUUAUGGAGUCAUGUAAAUCGUAACUAUAAAUAAACAUAUACAAUGUU